ACUAUGGAGCAGCAGCUGACCAUAUACAACCAGUCCUGUCCUGUGCGCCACUGAAGAAAUCGCGUCUGAAUCCCCCCCUCCCUUCCUUUCCACACCAUGGCGGAGCUACAACGAGUACAUCGUUUUUGCGACCAUGCCGUCGAAGGCGUCAACUGGCGACCGACCCGCUUUGCCGACGAAGUGCCCAGUUCGCGUGUGUGCGCCCUCUGUCGCACGAUUCCGAGAAGCACGGUGCAGCUGCCGUGCUCGCACGUUAUGUGCCGAUCGUGUUACGCAGCCAUCUCCCAGGGAUGCGGUGGGCGGUGUCCCUUGGAUCAAGAGCAGUUCAGAGAAGCUCAGUGUGUCAACUACGAUUUUCUUACCGAAAACGGGAACGCCUUGAAGGUUUACUGCUGGAACGAAACUCGCGGAUGCGAGUACGAGGGUGCCGUGGAAGAUAUGCUGAGACACUUCGAGAACAAAUGCAUCUUCCACGCGGUGGAAUGUUCGCGAUGCGGGGAAGCCGUCUGUCACAAGGAAUUGGCGACGCACUACAUGGCUGGAUGCCGUUCUCUCGCGUUUCUUCAGCGCGAAUAGAAAACUCGUCUUCGAAAUCAAGAGCACUGACACUUCAAGACGUCAAGGAUGCCCCGGAAGAAGUGAAGACGCUCUCGAGGAAACCGAACCAGGACCAGGCGAUGCCUGUUAUUCAAAGCCAGACGAACGAGCUCACGGAACUACUCAGCAGUCAGGAGUCCAGGUUGUCCGACAUCACGAGCGAAGCUGGCGCAACUGAAAAUGCGGAGACAGUUCAACGCACUGCCGCGUCUUCAUCGACUGUGUCGCAGGAACCAACGACUCGGCGCAAUCCAGAAGUUGAAGCAAGCCUGUUGUUGGCUUCCUUCACGACGGAAAUGACGAGCCAAAAGUGUGAAGUCUUCUCCAGCAUUCCACCCGGUGUUCUGAAACGGAUGCGGAGAACUUCGACGCAGGAUUAUCCCCAACACGCCAUCGAAUAUUUUCGGCCUUCCAAGAGUACGUGCGACUUGAAGCUGACCAAUCAGCUGUCGACGACAAGUACGUGGAGGGAAGUGCUCGGGAGUGUCAAGUAUGUCGUAACUAUCGACAGUUCAAAAUCUACAGCAUUGAAUUGGGGCACGAGCUCUUGUACUAUUACGGUGUUGCACACCAUGGACUCCUACUUAACUAUUAAAGUAAAAGACAUUUCUCUUUCAGGCGAUCGUA